AUGUCAAAACGGAAAGAAUACGUGGUUACAUUAAUUUUUGCUGGUCAUAUUAUUCAAAAUUUACAUUACGGGCCUUAUUGUCAUAAUUGGUGGUUAUCUCGACAAACUGACAAAGCUGAUAAUAUAAUUUUACUUUAUCCUAUACGACUUAAUAUGAAAACGUUAAUAACUCUUCAUAAUUUUGAUUUUAUAAUUGAGAUAGUUGAAUCAGUAUCAGAGUAUGGACCGGCACCUGGGUAUUUGUGUAAAUGUAAAGAUAUUCAAAGUCCGGUUAUAAUGGGAUUUGAUAACCCAAUUAUAUCUGAUAUUUUAAUUCAAGACCUUCCUUUUCAAGUGUAUGCAUUUAUUUUGGGAAAAUUACGAGUUUGGAUACUUGGUAUAGGAAAAUCAAGUAAACCUAAAUGGAAUUAUGCAGGAACUGAAUUUGAUGACAAUGAAUGCAAACUCACAAUUUAUAAUAAGCAAAUGGAGCAAGAAGAAACUUCAACAAUUAUAGAAUUACAAACCAGUUUACAUACACUAUAUCCAUUUAAUCACAUUAUAAAUGAUCGAGAACUACGUACGUGGAAAGCUAUGUUAAAAGCCGUAGGAUGUACUGAAAUAAUGCCAUUUAACAAAGAUCAAUUAGAAGCUUUGGAUGCAUUUUUAAUAGAUAAAGCACAUGUUGUUAUAAGUUCAUAUAAAACCGAUACUGCAACAAAUGAACCUCGAGCAAGUUUUUUCAAGAAACUAGAAGGUAAUAAAUAUACUUAUUGUGAGGAUUUAGGAGGAUUAUGUCAUACUUGUCAACAGUAUGGAUAUGAAAUCUUUUCUGAUCUUACUGACUUUAUCGAUAAAUAUAUAAUGCAGUCUUUAGAAAAAAAGCAGUUGAUAAUUGCGACAAAUAAUCUAAAGAGAUUUUUAAAACGUGAUUAUGAAGGUUAUUUUAAUAUCACAGCAAAUGGAACUACUUUUCACAAUAUAUAUAUCAAUUAUUGUUUGCUUUACACAUAUGGUCAAUGUACUGAAUGUCAUACUCAAAUAUGUAAUCAAUGUCAAGA